CGAGGGAAGAGGGGCGGGGGAGAGAUGGAGCGCUAGAGAAAGACGGGGAGAGAGGCCGAUCAGACGCGGUGUCCGGAAUCGGGGUUCUCCCAGAGGACAGAGGCCGUGACUAACCAGCGUGGGCCAGGUUUCUAGUUUCCCCUUCUGAUGAAAAGAGAACAGAAGAAUGGACUACAGUCACCAAACCUCCCUCGUCCCGUGCGGACAAGAUAAAUACAUCUCCAAGAACGAACUUCUCCUUCAUCUGAAGACCUACAAUUUGUACUAUGAAGGCCAGAAUUGGCAGCUCCGACACCGUGAGGAGGAAGACGAGUUCAUCGUGGAGGGGCUGCUGAACAUAUCCUGGGGGCUGCGACGGCCCAUCCGUCUACAGAUGCAGGAGGACAAUGAGCGUAUUCGCCCCCCGCUGUCCUCUUCCUCCUGGCACUCUGGCUGUAACUUGGGGGCGCAGGGCACCAUCCUGAAGCCCCUCACCAUGCCCAACAUUCAGAUCUCAGAAGCGGAUGCCCCGCCCGAGGGCGAGCAGGCACCGAGCCCCACAGACUCCAGGGGCCUCAAGCCCCUGCAGGAAGACACCCCCCAGCUGAUGCGCACACGCAGUGAUGUUGGGGUGCGUCGCCGUGGCAACGUAAGGACACCCGGUGACCAGAGGCGAAUCAGACGCCACCGCUUCUCCAUCAAUGGCCAUUUCUACAACCACAAGACAUCGGUGUUCACGCCAGCCUAUGGCUCCGUCACCAACGUCCGCAUCAACAGCACCAUGACCACCCCCCAGGUCCUGAAGCUGCUGCUCAACAAAUUCAAGAUCGAGAAUUCCGCAGAGGAGUUUGCUUUGUACGUGGUCCAUACCAGCGGUGAGAAACAGAAGCUGAAGAACACCGAUUACCCUCUGGUUGCCCGAAUCCUCCAGGGACCGUGUGAGCAAGUCUCCAAAGUGUUUCUUAUGGAGAAGGACCAGGUGCAGGAGAUCACCUACGACGUGGCCCAGUACAUAAAGUUUGAGAUGCCUGUCCUAAAAAGCUUCAUUCAGAAGCUCCAAGAGGAAGAAGAUCGAGAAGUCAAGAAACUGAUGCGCAAGUAUACUGUGCUCCGGCUCAUGAUCCGGCAGAGGCUGGAAGAGAUGGCGGAGACCCCAGCAACAAUCUGAGCCAUACGAAGGAGGGGAUCCAGACGCCACAGGGGCCGCCACUGGCACAAGAAGACGCACAGGAAGCUGGGAGCCUUCCUUCCAUGGAAAUGUGUAGCUACAGACCCCUCCAGCUCCUGCGGAACCACCAUCCAUUGCCUACAGCAGGAUGGAGAAGCCAGCAGACAGCUCCCCAUCCUCAGAUCCCCACGCUCCUCUCCUUUCUCUCACUCACAGGACUUUUGAAUUUUGUUAUAAGGACCCAACAUGUGUGUGUGUAUGUGUGUGUGUGUGUGUGUGUGUGUAUGCACUUGAGCACACGCAUGCACUAGUAAGCGCGUGUGCACACAUGGUACAUAUCCACGUGCCUACCUGAUAUUUACACGGAACUGAGUUCCGAGCCACCAGCACCCACCUGGGGGGUUGACAUUGAUGUCUUCCCUCAAGGGCCAGCCACGCAUGUUUGGAAGGGAAGGGGUUUCCGCACACUCACCAUUUGGGGUAUUUAUAUAUUGGUGGAGAUCCUCCCCGUACGUCUAGAAAGACUGGGCAUUGGAAAUUAACAAAAUAGCCACCCCAUGCCCUUGGGGAAGGUCGGAUGGAAAGAGAAAGAUAAAUCAUCUGUGGGAUACAUGCAAUAAACCCACAAGUUUUUACACUGGAAA